AUGCGGCGAAGGUUGACCGGCCCCCACCCGGUGGCUGUUCGGGGGUUGUCCGUCUGUAACCCGCGGAACCCGAAUGCCCUCAUCUUCUCUCUGGUCGGCUCCACUGCCCUCGGAACCACAGACGACCAGAAUGCCUUGUUUGGGGCUAGUUUGCCUGGCCAGGUUGCAGGCUUUACGCUUACACGCUUACACGCUUACACCAAUCGGCAGGUCGGUCUCAUCCUGGAAUCGGGAAAAGGUCGUACAGGUGAAGGUCUAGGCAGCCAUUAUCAUGGCGGCUUGUAUGCAUGCUGGCCGAACCUGCAGGCUGGGCUGGGCUGGGCUCCGUUGAAUAAUGCAAUGAGCCUCGCGGGUGGUUACAUGACCGUGACAUCUCAUCCCCCUUGGAUCUCGCCAACAAUGUUGAACACGCGGCCCGAGGAGGUUCUUGGCUCGAUGCUUUUUACGUGACUCUACACACGCACCCAUACACACACCCACCUUUUCAUCAUUCUUUGUGUCUCCUCUCGCCGAUAACCAGCGUCCACUGUCGAUACGAUGGCUUGUUUACGGGUACGGCUACUCUUCGUCGCAGUCGCGGUGAUCACACUAGCGGGUCUGUUCCUGCCCAUGCACGAACUAUAUCUCCUGCUCCGUCUGCCCUUCGUCUGGAAGACCUCCGCCGCCGAAUCGAUCCUCUCCACCCAACGCGACGGAUUCGACGUCACUUUCACAUCCUACGCCAACAGCAGCGGUCCCCCAGAAAACGCGCGCAUCCCCAACCGCCUCCAUCACGUCCACCUGGGCCCCAGUGCGCCGCGGGCGGAAUGGCUGAGUGCCCGCGCACAGUGUCUGGACCAUCACCCGGACUGGGAGGUGUUCCUGUGGGAGGAUGAGAACGCCCGCGAGUUCGUGAAGAGCCAGUAUCCGGAUCUGCUGGCGAUGUGGGAG